CAGGGGUGGAGGACUACAACUCAAAACCAAAAGGACAAUAAGGGGUAGGUUACACCAGAAUACCUCCACCCUCAGGCACAAUAAAUAUGAUUUUUGGUGGCAUACAUUCAAGAGGCCAGAGUGCUCAAGGUCGUAAAGUCUAUGCUCGUCAGGUAAUGAUUGUGAACAAAAAUGGUCCCUUAAAACGACUGUUUGAAGAAGCGAAAUGGGAAAACAUUCCCAUUACGUUCAGUCUUGUUGAUUAUAAGCGACUAGAGGGAGAAUCUGAUGUUAUGAUGCCUCAUGUUGACCGCUUCGUGGCAACAGUCCACAUAAGUAAUCAUAAUGUUAAUAAGAUCUUCAUUGAUACGGGCAGCUCUCUAGACAUCUUAUAUUGGAGUUGCUUCCAAAAGAUGCAAUUAAGCCCGGCUUCUUUGAAGAAAUAUGAAAGGCUAAUAUACGGAUUCGGCAAUCAACCUGUCUCUGUUGAAGGGGUAAUCACCCUUCCCAUCUAUGUAGAACCUACGCCGAGUACAGUGAAGUUAAACCCCUUGAAGUGUAUGUUUGUUGUGGAAUCAAGCAAAUUUCUGGGAUAUGUGAUAUCCAAGAAAGGAAUUGAGGUGAAUCUGGAUAAGGUUCAGUCCAUGCAGCAAAUGGAGCCUCCUAAAACAGUAAAAGAUGUGCAAUGUCUAAUAGGUCAUCUCGUCGCUUUGCACAAAUUUAUUGUCAGUGAGUACGAUCUCAAAUUUGAACCGCGUGCAGCCAUAAAGGGUCAAGCCUUGACAGAUUUCUUAGUGGAAUGCCAUCUAGUUGCUCUUGAAGGAAUUACAGCCUCACACCCUGUAUGGGCAUUGUACAUAGAUGGGGUUGCAAGUGUAGAAGGAUCAGGGGCAGGAGCAAGAGCAGUGUUUAUAGGUCCAGAUGGAUUUAAAACCGAGCAUGCUUUAAGAUUCAAGUUUCAGGCCACCAAUAACGCUGCUGAAUACGAAGCACUCAUUUAUGGUUUGAAGGUAGCAUUGGAGCUGAAAGCACAAAACAUAAGAGUCUUUAGUGACUGCUAGCUUGUCGUAAAUCAAGUGAAUGGGAGUUGUGAUAUCAAAGACCCUCAGCUCGGUCGUUACACCUCUAUAGUCAACAGGUUGAAAUCAGGCUUUGUUUAGUUCUAGAAUGACCAGAUGCCGAGGGCAGAUAAUAAACGAGCUGGUGAAUU